AUGAAGAGCUCAAUACUCCCGCUUCUCCUCGCCGCGAGAACUGCAUACGGUCUCCGCGAUGCGAGUCCUUUCUUCCUGCUCUCGACUGAGCCCAUCGAUCAAACCACUCUCCAAUCGCAACAACUAAGCACAUCAUCCUCCCUCGAAGACUCCCUCAUCGCCUCAAUCCCCUGCGAUGUCUCCCGCCACAUCUUCCUCGAGCAAGCCGGCGUCCGCUCCCACGAUCUCACAAAGGGUAGCAUGCCACAUAUGCAGCGCAGGAUAGCGGAUGGCAAAACGUACAAAAGCGUUGUAGAGAUCCCUGAGGUAAUGGGCGAGGUCGACGUCCGCAGGAUCGCAGCUGGAGUCCGCGAGAGGUGUGAGCGUGAUCAGGCGGGCGAGGAGGUUAUCUUGAGGUUCCAGACGCUGGUAGGGGAGGAGAAGGUAGAGCAGAGGAGGGAUGUGAUGAAGGAAGCGGAUGAUAUGAUUCAGACGGCACUGCAUGGGAUGUCAAAUUAUACUAGUCACGUUCUAGUCUAUAUUGGUGGAUCGAUCAGGGAAAGUGAAGGAGAGGGGUACGAGAUGGAUGAGCCGCCGUUCCAUGAGAACAUGCACACCGACUUGAAGCGAGACAUCGAGCAUGGUGCGAGGAGGCGGCAGACGAACGAGCAGGAUGAUUUCCAGAAGGACCUGCCGUUGUUUGAGAAGUAUCAGUUCUUGUCGCCUGGUAUCUUCAUGGGUCUGACAGUGGCUUUGCUGCUCUUCAUGAUUCUGUACGUGGGCAUCUCGGCAAUUGCAGGACUUGAGGUGUCGUAUAUGGCUUUCAGCAAGGAGAUGGGACCGCAGGCUCAGAAGAAGCAGCAAUAG